CUGUCUGCGCCGGCAAGAGCCUCGCUCCGCCAACGCCGGGACGGAUCCCGACCCUUUUUAUCUUUGCUGGGACGAGUGCCGGCUCGCAGGAGGGAAGACUGUUCCCCGCUCUCUGGGGCGGCAGCUGGAUGAGCUCUGGAUGCGAGGAGGAGGAAAGUUAACAGUGCAGCAGUAAGAUGAAGCCUCCAUCCAGCCUAGGCAUCAGCCUGGCAUACCUUCUCCUGAAUUUGGCUUCCCUCUGCCUUCCCACCCCAAUCUGGAAGGACCGGGACUCCCUAAUGCAGGAGGAGAAAGCCCAUCAGACAGGUGGCAACUUGGUGCUGAGUAGGCAGGAAGAGCAGCUCAGUACAAAACUCGUAGACCUCAAGAAGGAGGAGGUGGCAACGGCCAUGGCUACGGGGCAGUUUCCUCCAAGUAUGCACUUCUUUCGGGCAAAAGGCCUCAUCGACCAAAGCACGGUGUUCAGCAUCCUAAAGCGCAUGCCAAAAGGUGCUGUCUUACACCUGCAUGACUAUGCCAUCCUGAGCGUGGACUGGCUAGUAUACAAUGCCACCUACCUCCCUGACUGCUACAUCUGCUUCACCCCCACGGGCACCGUUCGGUUUCACUUUUCCAAGCCUCACCCUCCUCACCCAGUGCCAGCCCAGUGCUCCCAGUGGGUUUUGCUGGAGACUUACCGGAAACAGUUGAGCAACGUGACCGAGUUUGAUCGCAGCUUGCUGAGAAACUUGACCCUGGUGACGGAUGCCCCUGAGCUGGCCUACCCUUCUCAGGCUUUCAUUUGGAAAAGAUUUGAAGAAGUCUUUCUCAUUGCCUCUGGACUUAUCUGCUAUGCACCUGUGUUCAAGGCCUACUUCUACCAGGGGCUGCUGGAGCUCUAUGAAGAUAACGUACAGUAUGUCGAGAUAAGAGCCAUCCUGCCUGCGGUGUAUGAACUGGAUGGCACCCGGCACAAUAAAUCGUGGUCUGUGGCAACCUACCGAGAGGUGACCAAGCAGUUCAUGAAGGAACACCCUGACUUUCUCGGAGCUAAGAUUAUAUUUACAGCACACAGGAUGCUGAAUGUUUCCCAGAUUAAAGAAGCCAUCGUCACUGCCAUGGAACUCAGAGACCGCUUCCCAGACACCCUGGCAGGCUUCGACCUGGUUGGUGAUGAGGAUGAAGGUCAUUCUUUAUGGGAACUGAAGGAUGCCCUGACCAUCCCAUAUUCCCUGGGAGUUGACUUGCCAUACUUUUUCCAUGCUGGGGAGACUGACUGGCAGGGCACCUCUGUAGACAAUAACGUGCUGGAUGCACUACUACUGAAUACCAGCCGGAUUGGCCAUGGACUUGCCCUCAUUAAACACCCGGUAGCCAGAAGUUUGUCUCUGAAGAAGGAUAUUCCUGUAGAAGUCUGUCCCAUCUCCAACCAGGUCCUGCUGUUGGUAGCUGACUUGCGGAGCCACCCCGCAGCUGACCUCAUGGCUGAAGGGCACCCCAUCGUGAUCAGCCCCGACGAUCCCCCUAUCUUUGGGGCAAAGGGUGUCUCCUAUGACUUCUACGAAGCGUUCAUGGCCAUCGGAGGGAUGAAUGCCGAUCUGAGGACUUUAAAACAACUUGCGCUCAACUCCAUAAAAUACAGUGCCAUGCUACCGGAUGAGAAAUCUAAGGCCAAAGAGCUCUGGCAGAAAAAAUGGGACCAAUUUGUGGCUGACCUCUCCGAUAGCUUUUUGAGGGAGCUUUAGAAGGGAGGAGACACAUCUCAGAAGGCAUUUGGCAAGCCAGAGCGAGCCAGGCUUAUUGCUAAGAGGGAGACUGCUUCUUCCAUGGGACCUGAGCAGAUGAAUGGACCUCAAAGUCUCACCUGGCAGCGGGCGAUUCUGGUAAGCUCAGCUUUAUGGGUUUAAUGCUAAGAAUGAGCUGCACUAUCCUGUGAAAGUCAUGGACUGGAGGUGAAGUGGAGCAGUGAGCUUUUAUAGCAGCCACAAAAAGAGUAGCCCUGCUCAAAAUAGUCAAAACAAUUAAAAACCGCCCAUGACCAAAUCCUGACAUCCUUAUUCAGGAAAUACACGCUUUCUAAUUAGAGUUAGCAGGACAUGGCCAACACGAGGAGCUCUGAAAUUCGCCUUAUCAUUACAAAAUGCAGACCUUGUCCGGAAACAGUUAAGACAAACAUCCAACCAUUUGGGCCACUGACCUUCAGGAAAGCAAGGACUGAAAAUGACUCUUGUUAUGUUUAACCCUGGGCCUGCUGCCAAAAUAGCACUGCUCGGUCGAAGAACCAGUCAUAGGUCUGAUGUCUGCUAUUUCAGGACCUACCAUGGCUGGAAAAGAGCUGAUGGAACUUGCUCCCAGAACAUUUAAGCCUGGUUGCACGGUGAUCAUAAAGCCAAAAAGCGGUGCCUCAUUUGCUGAGUUCUUUUCUUGCAAGAUCUUUUCUUGUCCUCUGGUCACAAGGAAGCUAAAACACUUUUCAGCUGAGAAAAAAACACCCCCACCCAGCUUAAUUAAAACUGUCCCUCUGCACUGGGCCAUGUGAACACAA